AUGUUCUUCUGUCGAUCAGACCCUCAGAGUUGUCAAGAGCUCAAGAAAAUCAUACAGAAGUAUGAGACAGCCUCGGGACAGAAAAUAAACAAGGAAAAGUCAGUAAUCACCAUCUCCUCCAAAACAAACAAUGAAACAAGAACAAGUGUCAAGACAGCACUAGAAAUUCAGAAGGAAGGAGGAUUGGGGAAGUAUCUCGGCUUACCCGAACACUUUGGCAGGAAGAAGAAGGAUCUCUUUAGUAUGAUCGUAGAUAGAAUCAGGCAAAAAGCGCAUAGCUGGUCUUCAAGUCUACUGUCUCAGGCAGGACGGUUGACAAUGUUAAAAUCUGUACUUGCAACCAUGCCCACAUACACGAUGACCUGCUUCAAGCUCCCAGCUUCCUUGUAUAAGCGUAUUCAGUCAGCUUUAACGUGCUUCUGGUGGGACGGAAACCAAGAAAACAAAAAGAUGAGCUGGAUAUCAUGGAAGAAAAUGAUAAAGUCAAAACGAGAUGGCGGUCUGGGUUUCAGGGACUUACAACACUUCAACGAUGCUCUUCUAGCAAAACUUCCUGGAGUGUGGAACACCAACGACAGCCUCCCACGGUUGGAGAGGAAUUUGUAUAGGAAGAGACCUUCUGAAACCUCAUCUUGGGAAGAUCAUUGGAGAUGGGAAAUCGACAAAUAUUGGACUGAACCGUGGCUAUCACUUGAUGAGCAAUGUAGUCCGAUGGGACCGGCUCCCCAACAUACAAAGGAAUUCCAGGUAGCGGACCUCAUCUCACCUACAACAGGAACAUGGGAUCAGGAGAAAAUAAAGGCCAUUGUACCACACCACGAGAAACAGAUUCUAGAGCUAAGACCAAUCAAACUAGGUGGCAAAGACAAGCUAGUCUGGCUACAUACCGAAGAAGGAAUCUAUACAACAAAGUUUGGCUACUAUGAACGGAUUAAGCAAGAAGAGGAGAAGAGCUUGGAGGGAAACAAUCUAGAUAUGGAGGGAGAACAACCACGACAACUCAAUGGCUUCAAGUGGAAUGAAGAAAUUUGGAAAAUGCCCACACUGCAGCGAGGAGGAAACGACGCUCCAUCUACUGUCCACUGUGCCUUCGCACAGGAAGUCUGGAGACUUGUGCCUUGCGCCCAAACCUUGGACGUCCAAGGAAUCCAGACCCUGAGAAUGGGAGUGGAGGAGACGAGGAAGCUCAUAUGUUUACCACCCACAGGCGUGGGAUCUGGACCAAUAUCAGCUUGGGUACUAUGGGCUCUCUGGAAAAGCAGGAACCAAAAGAUCUUCAACGGGAAUGAACGCCAAUUCACACCGGAGGAAACCACUACACAGGCGAUUUCCAAUGCCAGAGAAUGGCAAUCGGCGCAAUUGGGAAUCGAAAACAAGCACACCGGAACGCGGAGGAAAGAUCAGAGACCGAUCCGGAUGCAUGCAGUGAGAUGCAAUUCAGAUGCAGCUUGGAGAAAGGAGACAAAGACAGCCGGAAUGGGAUGGUGCUUCAGCAACGAUAGAGGAGAACCACUGGGUCACGGAUCCACAACGAGAUCGGUCGUCCGGUCACCUCUAAUGGCGGAAGCACUAGCGCUGCUUGGAGCGCUCCACCAGGCUCGAAACGACGGCCACAACCACAUCACAGUUGCUUCAGAUUCGCAAAAGCUGAUCGGAGCAAUUAACAGAGGAGAUCCUUCAAAGGAGCUUCACGGGAUUCUACAUGAUAUCCUAGAAUUUUCACAAUCUUUCAUCGCAAUUUUUUUCAGCUUUGUUUCGAGAGACGAGAACGUUUUGGCUAAUAGACUAGCGAAAAACGUUUUGGCUGAUCUCAAUCAGAGACCGGUUUAA